UUUUCCGAGUCUCCUUAUACGAGAGGCGAUCUUUACUUAAAGUUCAACGGACACCGAGGGUUACGUAAGAGAAUUAUAAAAUUGAUGUACUGGCUGAAACGGAAAAAAUUUCAAAGAUCGCGCGGAAAUAUUGUUAGCGGCAGUUCAGUUGGAAACGGUGCGGCACGCGCAUGCGUCGAGGAAGGCGAUUGGUCGACGGAGCGGCACUGUCAUAUGACGAAGCUGCGUGGCAUCAUGGGAAGCGGAUCGCAAUUUUGCAACAUGGCGGUGAAUUGAGCCAAAGUCGCGGUGCUGUGCCAUCAGAAAAUGUAUUUUUCGUAGUCGCGCGACCUAUUUUAUUAUAGUUCUCGUGGAUGCGACAGUGCGGUACGGAUACGGGACGCGUAACACGGUGCACGAGGAAUGUAAAUAUGAGUGGAACGAGACGCAACGUUAUUCCGAAGGUGACACCCCGCAACUCGGUGUGGUACUCGAGCACGUAUGGCAGAGACUAGAAUCCGAGAUAAGGAAGCAUCGCUUCGCCUGAGUAAUACGUAUCGCCGACUAAAAUCACCGCCGCGGAAUAGCGAUGCGGUGGUCAAUCUCACCGAACUGUGAAAACAUAUGCGCAAAAUUCCAAAACAUUGUCAAUCAUACUAACUUGUGAUCGUAUAUGCGUGCCAAACAAGAAUAUAUAGAAGGUCAUUGAAGAGACCCGAUGUUUUCCUGACAUGAUGGAAAAUAAAUUGUACGUAAAGAAUGAGCCAGGUCUUGACGGACAGUCUCUUGCGAAUCCACAAGCGAAUCCGCCCUCUGAAGAUAACGGAGGUGCCAGGGUUUGUUUUGUUUGUGGUACAGUGGGCCACGGUGAGCAGUACUGGCUCAGAGUAAAGCCAAAUCCGGCCGGAGCACCGAACGAACCUUAUUUUCCGUUUCUCGAGUCCCACGAACCACCAGCUGGCUACCGUGGUGAGGGGGCCCGUAGCGGAGCCGUCAGGGCGUGCAGCCUUUGCUACGCCUUACUUUUACAGCAAUGGGAAAGUUUCGAGCAAGAUGCCAGACCUCAUAGCCAACGAAUUUAUUGGCUAAAGAGAUGCGACGGCGGGCCCUUCACCGGAGCCGAGAUGGCUCUGCAGGGAGAGUACGCUGCCCAGGUACUUGGUUUAACCAACGAACAAGCGCCGCAGCUUAGACCGGAGAAUCGACCGGUAGGAAUCUCCCCGCGGCUACCGCCGAAUUCACCAUCGCCUAGAGUAGAGCAAACGAGGCCGCCGUCGAAUUCGAUUGAAUUGCCAAGACCGCAUUCUAACACGGCAGAAACGCACAGGCACUUAGAACAAGCAAGGCUCACAAUGGAAUCUCCCCAUCAAAGACUGCAAUCGCCUCAUCAAAGGUUACAAAGUCCUCGGCAGCCUGUGGAAGACGCAAGAAUAUCCAGCGAAGCGGCAUUGGACUUAAGACACGCACCAAGGAGUUCACCUGCGCCACAACCAGCUUUACCGCCACAACCACAGCCCAUUUACAGCGGUGGAUCCUCGUCGAGCGUUGGAACCGACAUCUUAGAUCUUUCAAUGCCAGAUAAGAAUUCGGUCACGGAAGUUUGUUACGUGUGCGGGGAUGAAUUUAAAAGAGGCUCCCUAAGUCAUAUUGCAGCGAAACCACUGCCAACUCCGCCACAUCCUUCGGCCAGUCCUCCCCCGUUUUUCCCUUCUCUAAUGCUUCAUCCAAGGCCAAGCAGAAGUCGACCCAUGGACAGCGCAGGUCGUGUGCAGGCCUGUACAGCCUGUCAGCAUUACCUUCUGAUGCAAUGGAAAGCGUAUACUCGGCAGGGUGUACCGCACGGUGAUCGUGAUUACAAGCUCCGGAAACGGCAAGCACCUGCGAUGGAUACAACCACGUUUAUCUGCUACACUUGCGCGCUCGAGUACCCUUCGUCCAGUAUUAGACUUCUUUACUGCUGUUCUAAUCCAGAGAAGGAGGCGUACUAUCCUUUUAUUUAUUCUCUGAGACCUCCGCCAGGAGCUAGUCCUAUUAGUCCUCAGGGAAUGGUGCAAGUAUGCUCCAUUUGUUAUAAAGCCAUACCGCAGAAGCAGCAAGUAUUCGGCGGGGAGAAUCACGAGGCUCAGUCCUCCGGGCAGAACGUGGAUUUCCGACAGCAAGGCCCCUCGCCGCGGCCGGCGGUCGCCAAGUCUCCGGCGAACUCGGCCGGCAGCGAUAUUCGUUUCAAGCCGUACGAUUUGAACAAGUCGACGGUGGCCACGAGCAAACAGCGCACCGGCGUGGUGAAAGGGACCACGGCCGGUCAACGAAAUUCACCGAACAACGCUCCCGCCGAGAACGGGACCGUUGCUCUCGGCCAAAACUAUAGGUGCUAUAUUUGCGAGAGACUGUAUCCUCGCACACACAUGGAAUGGUUGUCCACGAGCCCGGAAGGAAUGAAUUCGCACGCCAUGCAUUUUCCUUGUUUACGGGGAAUGGCGCGCACUUCGGAGAACGCCUGUAUGGAUAGUCACGGCAGAGUGUUGGCCUGCAGUCAUUGCGUGAACCAUCUCGCUCAACAGUGGGAAAGCAUGGAUGCCGAACGUGUUCCUUUAGAACGUCGCAGGUAUGAUAUUCCUAGUCCACAUCCAAACGGCGAUGUUAAUCGGUCAAUCGCCACACCGCCGAGCUCUAGCUCGGAUCGAACUUUUGGUAGUAAUCCAGGCACAUCGAGCAGUUCCAUCUAUUGUUUCUUGUGCGGCUUGCAUAGCGAUCUAACUCUCGCGAGAGUAUUGUACGGUCGUCCUCAGGGUCGUAACGCGCCGUUUUUCCCAGAAUUAUUACGGCAUCAGUCACCGCCGAACGCCGAGCAACUCAGAGAGGACGGCUCCGCGUUGGUAUGCACGUUCUGCUAUCACUCCCUUUUGGCGCAGUGGCGUCGAUACGAAUCUCUUCCCAGCGGGCAGCAAGUGAACGCCGCGGAAAGACAGUACAAUACCCACGAUUACUGCUGUUACGUCUGCGGCAUAACGACGUACAGAAAGCGAGUCAGAGCGUUGCUCGUGAAAGACUUCCCGUUCCUGAAGUACCACAGGCAGCCGGAAAAGAGUUUGUUAUUGGAAAACGGGGACUUCGCGGUGGUAUGCCUGGACUGUUACGAAACGUUGCGCACACAGAGCCUCGAAUACGAACGAUGGGGCCUGCCCGUCGAGAAACGCGAGUAUAAUUGGAUAGUGCAACCACCGCCGCCGGAAGACAGUCCCGACGCAACCAUCGCUAGAUUGCCGUCCGGUGAAAGGUCCGAGAAGGUGGUCCCGUCUACGUUAACCGUUCGACCGGCGAGAAAGAACUGUUCCCCGAAGGCACCGGACAAAAAGGUCCCGCCCAAGGCCCCGGAAAAAGAGCAAGGUGAGUGACAGUUUUUGCGUUUGUUCGCCGAGAACGAUUUACCGCGAGAGACUCCCGAGGAACCUGGUAACUCGGUCGAGCUGGAGAAAAAAAAAGAAAUAGAAACGACAAUCGCAAUCGCGUAUUGAGAAACGGAGAAACUCGUUCGCUCGUUACCGUUUUUUCCCGUCCGUUCGGAGAGCCAUGUAAGUACAGACAUGCGAAGAUCAACCGCACAAAUAUCGCUGAUAAGUCGAAUGUUCCGCGGUCAAACAUUUGCCAGACACGCUAAGG